CACUCUUGGCAUUGACCCUGGAAAUUUGUCUCCUUUCCUGCUUAUUGUUCCUGUAAGUACUCCUAUAACUAUGCCUGCCACUUUCUUCCCUUACCCACCCCCCCUUUUCCCCACGACGCACACAUACCCGAUCUACAUCAACCUAGGCUGACAUAUCAUUUCUCCUAACUAACUAACUAUCUCUCUUGGAUCUUUAGUAAACGCAUAUCCUCCUGCAUAUGUCCCCAUUUAUCCGAUCUGUCACAAGUCUGAACUCCUGCUACUCUCGAGAACUGGAGGUGUCCACUGUUGGUUAUUUGCGUCAUUUAAACCACCCCUCCACUUAGUUCCCUCGUCACUCGACAUCUCCCCCGCCGCCUUCCCAGAUGUCCCGCACGCCUUUCACGGUCCGAGCGGUUUUCGAGUAUUCUUCGAGCCACGAUGACGACCUUAAUUUUGCUAUCGGCCAGAUCAUAACGGUCACCGAGGUGGAGGACGAUGAUUGGUAUUUUGGCGAGUAUACCGAUGAAUCCGGAGCCAAGACAGAAGGCAUUUUCCCAAAGAACUUUGUCGAAAAGUAUGAGCCGCCUGCUCCUCCGCGACCAACACGCCCGAGUAGGCCGAAGAAGGAGCCGGAGGUUGUGCCACAACCGGAGCCUGCUGUUGUGGAACCCGCUUCGCCGCAAAGCACUCGUUCGCUGGAGCCUGAAACAGAGGUAGCUCCUGCACCGCAGACAAGAGCCGUACCUCCGCCUCCCUCAUCCCCCCCUGCUGCCGUGGAAAAGCCGGUGGUUGAGCCUGCGCCUCUCCCCAAGCCCGCUCCCGCUCCCGCUCCCGCCGCCGUGCCUCAACCCUUGACAAGCGAACCUAAGGAACCGGCACCCAAACCCUCCUCAAAAGCCCCUCCUCCUGCAGUCGCGGAGAAACCUACUGGCUCGUCGUUCAGGGACCGCAUUGCGGCCUUUAAUAAAUCUGCUGCUCCUCCAAUUGCGCCGUUCAAACCGGGGGGCUACUCGUCCCAAAGCACUUCCUUCAUCAAGAAACCAUUUGUUGCGCCUCCCCCCAGUAAAAAUGCAUACGUCCCCCCUCCUCGCGAGCCAGCUCCGAAGCUCUACCGGCGGGAAGAAGAUCCUGAGGUUCGAGAUCGCCCUGCACCGGAGCCCCCGGUUUCCGAAAGCCGGCCUGGUCCGGUUGAGGGAACGGAGGAUGGUACAGAGGACCAGCCCAAGCCAACAAGUUUGAAGGAGCGAAUUGCUCUCCUACAGAAACAGCAAAUGGAACAGGCUGCUCGGCAUUCUGAAGCAGCACAGAAGAAGGAGAAGCCAAAACGCGCCCCUAAGAAGCGCAUUGAGUCCCAGGACAGUGCUCCCGGAGAGGAGCCCGCAGUUGAAGCCGCAGAGUCGGUUGAUACUGAACGCGAUCACAGCGCGGAUACAGUAAAGGCUAACGCUCCCUCUGUGGCUCAGCCAGCGACACAACACCCAGCAAUUCAUGAACUGACCAGUGAUACGAACGAUGCCGAUGAUUCUGCUGCCGCCGAUACGGAAGACGCCGAGGAAAUCUCUACAGGAAAAGAAGAGUUGGAUGAACGUUCCCGUGCUGCUGCGACAGCAGCCCGGCCUGACGCCCACACCCAUAAGAGAGAUGAACACGACGCAAAGAAGAAUGAUGAUGAGCCACAGGGAGAGGAAGAGGAGGAAGAAGAAGUAGUAGUAGUAGAAGAAGAAGAAGCACCAGAAGAGGAGGAGGAGGAGGAGGAGGAAGAAAUAGACCCCGAGAUCAAACGCAAGAUGGAACUCCGCGAAAGAAUGGCCAAGAUGAGCGGCGGUAUGGGCAUGAUGGGCUUCUUCGGGCCUCCUGGCGGAAUGCCUCUUCCUGGCGCUGCUCCCCGUAAGCCCAAGGCUCACACUGAACCUGAGAAGGCCUCUGGAGAAUCGGAACCCACCACGGUGCCUAGUGCACCUCCAGUUCCCAUCAUGGCCCUCCCAGGUAUGAAUUUGGGUAGGCCAAUCGUCAGCCCGAACGUUGAGAAGGGUCAAGACGAGGUCCGAUCAACUCAUUUAGGUGACACUCCUGAUGUUGCGGAGGGUGAUGAGGACGGGUACGAGGAAGAGCCGCCUCGUCGCUCUGUUGACAAGCCACUGCCCUCUACCCAAGAGCGCCGAGUGCCUCCGCUGCCACCGAUGGAAACACGCCCUGUGCCACCGUCUGCCCCUCAGGAUACGCCUUCGUCUCCUCCGCCCGUGCCAGCGGGGCGCCCAGCUCCUCCUCCUCUUCCCCUGACCAGAAGCCCUACUUCUGCUGAUCCUGGUGAAGAAUCAGAUGAUGAGCUCUCUGUGCGCGCGAAGAGCUUGUCUCUAAACGCUGUGGCCGCCGAUCAAACUUCAGAAUCAGCACCACCCGUCCCCGAACAUUUUGAUUCCCGUCACUCAUCAACACACGAGGUCGUCUCUCCAAAGUCGCCCACAUUUCCUUCGGAGAAGAGGCUCAGCCGUGUUCCUCCACCUGUUCCUACCAAUCCACCAGUACCAGCUCAGUCCCGUCCACCUCCACCACCUCCUCCGGGAAACAUCAGACGCAGGUCUACUGCCGAUAGCCGCACUAGCGCGAUCUCGCAACCUCGUCAGGCUGGUGAAGAUGUGGAAGGUGAAGUUACCGAAUACGAAGGCGACUAUGACACAGACAUCGCAUCUGGUGCGAAAUUCAAGGAUGCUUUGAAAGCUCAUGGACGGGAUUCUAGCCUUGAUGAAGGGGCCAUUACGGAUGAUCACUCCCUCCAGUCUCCCCGAAGCCCUCCAGAGACUCGUCUCCCACCACCUCUUCCACCUUCUGCCCCUAGGGCAGUUCCACCGCCUCCCCCCUCGCAACCGCCGAGGAGUGCCGGAAGGGCCUCUGUGGAUAUGCCCCGCGCACCUCCGCCUCCCCCACCCCAGAGAGAACUCUCCUUUGGCGGCGGUGAUGAUGAGUAUGACCCAUACCGUUACACCGCACCGCAACAUGGGUUGCCCGCACCAAAAGCUCCCUUUGUAACAACAGCACGCUCAGAGAUACCAUCCGCUGCUCCGCAUCCUCCUCCUCCUCCUCCGCCGGUUGACGAUGAUUCAGACGAGCUGUACGAUGCCUCCCCUAUGCAACCCCCCGCAGAGGUAUCGACCCCCUUUCCACCCAGCAUGCCUCCAACUGCCAUUCCUCCACCCACUCCCCGCAGCAACCGUGCGUCUGUAGACAUUUCCCGAAGUCAGCCGGCCAUACGGAGAUCCAUGGAUGUUGGCCGCCCAUCUAUUGACCAGGGUUUCAUUGCCAUGGAGUCUGACUUGGCAGAAAGUUCCUUAUGGUGGUCGAAAGCGAAUACCCUUCCUCCAGCUUUCCAGAAUCGCCAGGAUAUUCUGUUUGAAAUUGAAGAGUCUAGUUCCUCAAAACGAGGCGGCAAAACUACAGUUACCAAAGAUGUGUAUAUCUUGUUCCGUGAUUACUCGCAGACUAUCAUUUCAGUGAGCUAUGAUGCCCGCAAUCCUGCCGAUGCAUCUUUAGAGCAGCGCCAUGAGGCACCCCCUCUCCAACCUCGCCAAGACCAGUUGGAGAAUGCUCAUGUUAAGUUUGGCUCUCGUAUCUCCGAUGCUGUCAAUAGAAUCCAGAAUACAACGGUCUCCGAUGGCACUCCUUUUGGUCUUAUUAAGCACUUGCUUGGCCCUCUUGCGGAUGCUCUACGCCCGGUCGGUAACCGUGCGUAUGGUGCUCUGGUAUAUUCCAACAUGGCCAAUGCCUCCGUCCAACAAAACGAUGAAAUCCGCCCCGGUGACAUUGUGAGCUUCCGCAAUGCCCGCUUCCAAGGGCACCGCGGAACAAUGCACCAGAAGUACAGUGCAGAGGUUGGCAAACCUGAUCACGUCGGAAUUGUCGUUGAUUGGGAUGGGACUAAGAAGAAGAUCCGUGCAUGGGAACAGGGUCGUGAAAGCAAGAAGGUUAAAGUCGAAAGCUUCAAGCUCAAUGACCUGCGCAGUGGAGAAUGCAAGGUCUGGCGUGUCAUGCCUCGGGGCUGGGUUGGAUGGGAGAGUUGA